AUGAAAAAACACUCGCGCCGCUACCGAGCAAUCAAAGAACACGUUCCUAAUAAUAAACACUAUUCCGUGGCUGAAAGUUUAAAUUUUCUCCAAAAUAAUAAUCGUGAAAAAUUAAAAAAUAUUAAAGCAAGUUUUUCCUUAAAUUGGGCUAACCAAAAAAAUAUACUCAAAAGCAAAAUAAUUUUACCCCAUCCUCUCCCGCCCAAGGGUAAGUUAGCAAUUAUUAAGGAAGAUUUGCCAACCGAUAUUGUAAGUAAUUUAACAAAGAAUGAGCAAGUAGAAUUAUUGACCGUGGCGGAAGUGCGGCAAAAGACCGAAAAGAAAAAGAAAUCCCAUGAAACCAAACUUAAAACACUAGAAAAAAUAUUAGCCCCCAAAGGUGCUUUCCCUAAUAAAAAAAAUGGUUCGCUCACGGAAAAUAUAUUAACCGAAGUAGAAAAGUUCCAGCAAGGCGAAAAAGAAAUCAAGACUGAUAAAGGCGGUAAUAUCCAUGCCGUAAUUGGAAGCAGCGAUUUUAGUCGUAAACAAUUAGAAGCAAACUUCAAAACUAUCUAUGACACAAUAAUUAAUCUACAACCGGUUGGCGGAAAAGGAGAGGUGCUGAAAAAUAUAACUAUUUCCACAACCAUGGGUCCAGGACUAAAAAUACUAAGUCAAAAAUAA